AUGCGAACCAUUUACGUAUUUGGCGGAAAAAUACUGACACCACGCAGUGUCAAUGCCACAGGUGCCAUCGAGCCCGAAUACUCGGGACUGUUUUCCUACCAUAUUGCAACGAAUACCUGGACCCAAAUCCUUGUCGACUGUCAUCACACGAGCGCGUCGCAGUCUGAUGUUAUGUCUAUAAAGUCACGCAUAACGCACUGCAUGGUUUUCCACAAUAAACAAAAAAAACUCUACAUAUAUGGCGGUCAGCGUGGCAAGGAGGAACUGGAUGAGUUCCUCAGCUACGACGUGGAUACCCAAGCCAUAUCAGUGCUCAACAAAGAACAUCCGAACCAAGGCACCACCGCUGGCAAUGAGGCCAAAUUUGAGCCAUCGUCGGAAUACACUCUGCGGGCGACGAUUGAUUGUGAACGCGACGAAAUUUACGUAUUCUCCAGUCUGAGUAAGAUUAAGGAUCGCCGAGACAUACAGCAUAUGGAUGCAUCAAACUCGUUCUGGGUCUACUCGUUGCGUCAACGCAAGUGGUCGCGCAUCUACUAUUGUCGGCACAGUAGCCAAGAUGGGAACUCGAUUAGCAGAGCCAACAUUUUGGGAGCCAACAAGGGUGAUGUUCUAGAGCCCUGCCCUCGCUAUGCGCAUCAGUUGGUCUACGAUGAAUUAGCCAAUAACCACUACCUAUUUGGGGGAAAUCCUGGCAUCUGUCAGCAACAACAACUGCGACUAGACGAUUUUUGGAUUCUUUCUUUGGAAAAGCCUAAACGGGACGAGAUUUUAAAGCAUUGCCGUUUCUUAGUGCGUAAGAUGCGCUAUGAGGAGAUGGCUCGCCAAGAUCCAGUAUCUGCAAUGCAGUCAUUGAUCACGACGAUGCAGAGCAGCUGAAUAACUUUCACAAGCUGGCCUCGCUGCUCUUUAAGACACACGACGGAUGCCUAGAACAGAGAGACAGUUCUGUGCUCACACCGGCUCUGUGUCGUAAUACGGAAGAGCUUGAUGGCAACGCUGAUGUACCAAUUAAAGAUCUGUCCGAUGGCAGCGCAACAGAGAACAUUUCCCUGGAAUCCAAUGAAAGCUUAGCCACAUCUGGCAUAUCGGAGACUGCUUCUAGUCCCAGCUCCUCCUCUUGCACAAAAAGAGCACGAACAGAGUGCAAUCCUGAAUUAAUGAACAAACGAUCUUUCCUAUUUAACAAGCUUGUGCAGCUGAUGCCACCAAGUAUGGUCCAACCGGAGCGAAACCUCAGCGACUUUGUGGUCAUGUGAGCGU